AUGACCCCUCAAAUUACCCUCUUCCCUUUACUCUUCUGCCUAGUCAAGGGCAGUGUGAUCCCUACGGGAUAUUCAUUACCUAAUGAAGAUGAUGGUGGGUCGUAUUUUCCUCAAUCAUCUUCUACUUCUCAACUUUACACAAGUUAUUAUACGUCUCAAGGAUAUUCUCCUCUCACAUCCUCAUCUUCAUGUAACUGUCAUCACACAAUCACUUCUACACUCUCGACUUCGAGUGGCGCACCAUUGAUUGCAACUUGUCUUACACCAUCUGGCUCAUCCCCUUCUCCGUGUACCCUCCAGCCUACUACCACUUACAGUUCAACUUCCAUCUCCACUGAAUCAUCUUCUCCUCCUCCAAUGUCCUUCUCAACAUCGACAUCUACUCAAACUGAUAUAGUCACUCCCACUUCAUACGUCACUGUGACUAGCAUAAUCACAUCAACGAACUCUAUUCCAACCACCUCCGCGGAAAGUACCGGACAUGGUUAUGGGACUGAUCCUACACCAUGGUCAACUGAUUCUACUACAAGUAACACUCCUACCUCAAGUGGUAUCUCAGAAUCUUCCAGUACUGAAUCUUCAAGCACUGGCACCACUCAAUCACCUUCAUUAACAACCUCUCAAGCAGAUGGUAACGGCGGUGGUGACAAACCAACAGCGGGUAUAUCAGUGAUGUUCGAAAAUUACCUCGAUAUAACCCUAUACAACGAUACGGAAUGUAAGACCGUUCAGUGGUCUGGAUCAAAAGCGAUUUGGUGGAUGUUUGGUUUCUACUCUGGUUAUUUCCAGAAGGUUUUUGAUGUGGUAAGACAUGAGCCUGGAGACGGUGAACAAAAGGAACAAUGGGGGAAGGCUACUGAAACGGUCAGAUGCACGGCUAGUGUGACUGCUUCACCCACCGAGGUAUACAGCAUGACGGUCGAUCGGACUUCCCAGCCCACCUCGACGGACGGUCCUGCCUUCUUUAGUUGUACUUCUCUCAGUGCGGCUCAGGCGACUCAGUUAUAUAAUCUUCGAGAGGAAGGAUUGAAUGAACAACCAGGAAUAAUGGGUGUUAAUGUACCCAUACCCGGCUGA